GCUCAGGCUAGGCUAGCAUGAAAGUUCAGCGGAGAAACCAUCGCAGGCAAACGCUGCCAUGUGCGCUUGCACUUAGCCUUGCCUUGGCCUGUUUGCAUGGAUUGCGGCUGAAGCCCUGGCGCGGGAGCCAGAAUGACCUGAACGGCUUGACCUUUUAUUUUCCCGCUGGGUCACAAAGGAGGCAGAGCUUUGUUGCCAAGAAUUCCUGCGCAGUGAAUUCUGCCCGCCCUGCGCGCCCAGCGACUGCUAGGCCAGAGAUUGUGGAAGGCAUCACUGACAAGCAAGCUUCCUGGGAAAGGUACAUCCCUGCUCUGCUCAUAGUGGUGCUAGUACUUCAGAAAUGCGGGGCAGACGCGCUGACAUGGUUUACGAAGGCAAAGCUUGGCUUGCCGUAUUCAGGGAGCAAUGCGUCGCUGGUGAGCGAGUUAUUGAAAUUCCCUCUUCUGCUCCUGUCGGUGGUUCUUUUCCAGUCUGCAGGGGAGUUGGCUCCUACGAUUCGAGAAGCCUUCACCAAGUCACCCUUUGCUUUGUGGUGGGUGGGCUUGUUCUACGCAGCGCAGAGCAUAAUGUAUUUUGUGUGUUUGCAGUGCACAUCGGCGGCUGCGUAUCAGGUGUUGAGCCAGACCAAGAUGAUUUUCACCGCAGGGUUCAUGUGGCAGAUGCUUGGAAAACGAUUUUCGCGCAACCAGCUUCUUGGUCUCAUGCUUCUGGUGCUUGGCACGGUGAGCACCACGUUGGCAGAGCUUUCAGAGCCUGUGAUGCCGGGUGCACGGCCGUGGUUGGGUGCUGCUUUGGCAGUGCUCAGUGCUUUGCUUAGUGCGCUGCCAAACGUCUUCUAUGAAGGCGUCCUCAAGGAGCAGAAGAACCAAUGGGUCACCAAUCUGCAGCUCACAGCAUGGAUCAGCAUUUGGCUGUGCAUCAUCAAGGGGUCGACGGCGCUGGUCAAGUCUGGAGGUUUUGGUAUUCCGCACCUGGCAGACCUACUGUAUGGGUUCACACCGCUCGUGUGGGUCAUCGUUUUGCUCAAGACGCUGAACUGCGUUGUCAUCCCCGCUUGCCUGAAGUAUGGUGACAACAUUCUCUACGGCUAUGCUAAGCCAGUCUCCAUCGCUCUCACAUGUUUGGCUACGACAGCGUUUACUCGCACACCUCCCUCAAUGACAUUGGUGGCGGGCGUCAUCCUCGUGGCUUUAUCCAUUAUCGUCUACAGCAAGGCUGAUUCAACCCAGCCAUCCCAGAAAGCAGACAGGUGAGGAAUUACUCUCCAAAAACCCUGCUGCAGAGAGUGCAAUCCAGCGUGGAUCGCCAGGCGUGUUGGCACAUGCUAGAAUGUGCAGUUUUAGAGGAGAAACUUAGCAAACGCGCGGGUUUCACGCAAGCUCCUCGUCUGCUGAGUUGCGACAGCGCUGUGCGAGAUUUGAAUCUGAUUGGAGCGUGGCACCCUGUCACAAAUGUCACAUAAUUGCCUGGGAAUGCGAGCGGGCCUGGCGACAGAAAAUGCGUUUUGCCCGCGAGGGCCAAUCUUGUUCCAAG